GUUCCUCUCGUGCUUUCCAAUACGACCAAGGUUACCGAAAAUGUCAAGACGAUUUUACUUCACUUGCGGGAUCGUGAAAAGUUCAGGUGGUUAUGGAUAGAUGCUUUGGCGAAUGACCAGGACGAUUACUGGGAUCGGACUAUCCAGGUGGCUCAGAUGCCGGCAGCGUAUGUGAAGGCGAGGAGGACGCUCAUAUGGCUCGGCGAGUCCGAUCACGAAACCGAGAGUGCUUUUGGCUGUAUACGACAACAGGCAAUAUUUGAGUCCACACCUCGAGUUGGUGAAAAGUUUUCAUAG